AUGGCACCCUCUGCGAACGAUGCUACAACCAACACCGGCCUUCGAGUAGUUAUAGGCUGCGACGGCGCGGGCGUUCAAUAUAAAGAUGCCUUAUAUGCGGAUCUAUCCAGCGACGCAAGAGUUGCUUCUAUCACAGAUAUCACCAAGCCGCUCACUGAUCUAACGGACUACGCCAACAUCGCAAUCACAGCUGCUGAAGCUGUUGCUACGGGUACAGCUGAUCGAGCUAUUCUGAUCUGCGGCACCGGCCUUGGAGUUGCAAUCUCGGCCAACAAAGUCAAGGGAAUACGCGCGGUUACAGCUCAUGAUAGCUUCAGCGUUGAAAGGAGUAUUCUCAGCAACAACUGCCAGGUUCUGUGUAUGGGCCAGAGAGUGAUUGGGUUGGAGUUAGCAAGGAGGCUGGUACGAGAGUGGUUGGGUUACACUUUUGACACCAAGAGUGCAAGUGCGAACAAGCUACAUGAGAUCGAGAAGUACGAGAGUCGAACGGGCAAUGUCCAUGAAGUUGUCACUUGCUCUUAG